AUGCCACAAUCCUGCGCCGACAUCCGCGCCGCCCUAGCCUUCUGUCUGCAAAACAGCGACUGCAUCCUCGUCGAGCGCCAAAAGCCCGGCGACUGUCUGCGGCCCCCGCUCAAGUACACGCUGCCCACACAAUGCCAGCAGCUGCAAAAAGGCUAUGCCGAGUGCAAAAAGGGCCUCGUCGACAUGCGCAAACGCUUCCGCGGGAACCGACCCAUUGCCGUGGCUGGGCAGCUAGAGACAGGCGCGUUUGGCAAGGGCAGGGCAGAGAAAGAUGAGAAGAUUGGCACGAUUGAGGAGAAAGGGUACAUGCUGUACGCGGGCAGGCCAUACAAAGGCGUCAAAGAGACGAAGGGGGACGAGGAUCCAGAGAACAAAGGGCUCGAGAGGUGA